GGUCUUCAAAUGGGAUACAACUGGCAGCAUCUCAGCUUCGCAGCUCACUGGUCGUCGCCCACGCAAGCCACACUCGUCUGCUUCGACCUCCCUCUAGAUACCGAACACGCGAUCCAUAUGUCUCUCGAAUCCCAACCCUUAGAUGCCGUCUACUCUCAUCCGUACGGCAUACAUGCUUUCAUCCUCGACCACGUCACGACCCUUUACGACACCGCAAUAUGGAAACUCCGUGAUACCGUCCGUCAUAAUGAACUGCACCGUCCGACGGUGGCUCAACCAUCGGCGAAUUACACCUCACUUCACGAUAUGGCGCGCCACAUGGCCCAUUCGACCGAAGUCUGCGGCGUCGCGCUCGGUGUGGUGGACAGCAUGCUGUCAGAUUUACAAUCCCUCCCGACGACGAUCUCAUCAUCCACUCCCGCAAACACAGCUUCCUCCAUCCUUGCCGACAUGCUUCGCCAGCGCUCCCUCCUAUACGGUUUCCACCUUCGCUGCCAAGCGACGGAAGCUCGACUGAAGAAUGAAAUCGCCCUCGUC